ACGGAAAAGCAACUGGUGAGAGUGGACAGAGUUUGAUGGAUGAGAAAGGGUUCUUUGCAAAUUCGUUAUAAUUUCAUCUUACGUUACAUUGAAAAUAAUUUAAAAUAGAGCAAAGGCGGCUAAUAUGCCUUUAUUUUCACAGAACCCCUUCGAUCAGGAUGUCGAGAAAGCAACCAGCGAAACCAAUACAGCAGAGGACUGGGGCCUCAUUAUGGAUAUCUGUGACCGUGUUGGGACGACACCCAAUGGUCCAAAGGAGUGCCUCAAGUCAAUUAUGAAGAGAGUAAACCAUAAGGUUCCUCAUGUGGCAAUGCAAGCAUUAACUUUACUGGGUGCCUGUGUUUCAAACAGUGGCAAAAUCUUUCAUCUAGAAAUUUGUUCACGAGAUUUUGCCAGCGAAGUACGGGGUGUGUUAAACAAGGCUCAUCCAAAGGUGUGUGAGAAGCUGAAGGCUCUGAUGGUGGAGUGGGCAGAGGAGUUCCAGAAAGAUCCACAGCUGAGCCUUAUUGGUGCCACAAUCAAAUCCCUGAAGGAGGAGGGAGUGAGCUUUCCUUCCUCUGGCUCCCAGAGUUCGGGCGUAAAGGCUGGCAGCACUCCUUCCACCAACAGAGCAGCUGACGACGAUGAUCUUGCCAAAGCCAUUGAAUUGUCCCUGCAAGACCAAAAGCAACAGGCAGAGACUCGGCCCCUCACUGUAACCCUUGACCCUCCGUUCAACAUAAACGGAGUCAAAGAGUCGCGGAAAGUGCGUGCCCUCUAUGACUUUGAGGCAGCAGAAGACAAUGAACUCACCUUCAAGGCAGGAGAGCUGAUUCUAGUCCUGGAUGACAGUGACCCUAACUGGUGGAAAGGAGAGAAUCAUAGAGGAGUGGGGCUGUUCCCAUCCAACUUUGUGACAACCAACCUAAAUGUCGAGCCUGAGCCAGAGCCGAUUGUGGAAAAGACAGCAGUUGCUGAAGAGCCCAGAGUAGAAACCAAAGCAGAACCAGAACCUGUGUAUAUAGAUGAGGAUAAGAUGGACAGAACACUGCACUUGCUCCAGAAUACAGACCCUGCUGACGCAGAACCUGAUUCAGCUGAACUGCUCACAUUAGAAGGUGUAUGUGAAAAAAUGAAUCCCAUGAUUGAUGAGAAACUGCAAGAGAUUGACAGGAAACACUCAGAGUUGUCAGAGUUGAAUGUAAAAGUCAUGGAGGCCCUGGAGUUCUACAACCAACUGAUGAAUGAAGCGCCACUCUCUGCCUACUCCAAGCUACAGUCCCACCAGGGUAGCUACGCAGCUGCACCUUCCUCUAUUUCAAUGCAGGGGUACCCAGGGCAGCCAGCAGGGUCAUACAUGCCACCUGGGGUCCCACAGGGUCCUCCAGCACAGCCCUACAACAUGGGGACAGACCAGCCUACGCCUCUGUGUUCUCUUCCUCCCACAAUAAAUUCCACAGCUGCCGGACAACCAGCACAGCCACCGUAUAUGAGCAGUCCCUAUAUGGGUCAGGCCGCUGGAGCCGCAGCCCCUUACCCACCGCAGAUGGGCGUGGCCAUGGACAUGUCAGCGUAUCCGAACGCAAACCCCGGCCUGCCUCCCACCUCGUAUCCAAUGGCAGGCUCUGUUCCCCCAGCUCCGCAGCAGCAACAGCCAGCCUUCUACCAGCAACCCCUUCUGUAAUUCUGUGCAAAAAAAAUCUGACUCUAUUUCCAUGCAUAUCCCUGCAACACACACGUGCUAAACGGCAGAAUUACGUUGAAAUGUGUGUCUUUUCUUUCCUCCCUUACUGAUAACAAAAAAUAUGGUGGUUUCAGCCAGUAAGUACAUGGCCCAGUUGUCACUACAAAAAGAUGGCGUGAACAGGCUGGAAGGGCUGCCUGCCAUUUUGGCUCAAGUGAUGAACAUUGCAGUAAUCCUUUUUUUCCCCCCCUUUUCCCUAUAAGUGUGUUGUUGUUUGGAAGCACCUCUGUUUCCACAAAUGUUCCCUCUCUCUCUCUUUGUCUUUGUUAUCCUGACUUGACAUGUCGUAGUAAUUUUUGAAUCACAUGAAGAAACAUAGUUACAUUCACAGCAGCCUUUAUGAAGAUCCUACUGUCACCAGCAUUUAUGUAGUUUUUUUGCCACUGAAGAUCAUGAAAUUAAUUUUACAUGGAGAACAUUUGUAUGAUUGCAUGAUUUACUUUGCUUUCCUUCUAACACCCGUUUUGAAUGAUUAUUGGUUACAUUUCCCAGACAAUUAAUCCUUUAAUUUUCUGCUGGUCGGUGCUUCAUGUCAUAUCUUUGAAUUGAACUGCAUCCAAUAUGUUUUGGUUUUUUUUUUUUUAUGUAAAUGCAUUUCUAAAGAUGGUCAUUGUCAUGGCUGAAGCUGCCAUGUAGUGAUCAGAUGUACUAUGGUUAUAACACCAUUAAUCAUCACAAAUAUAAGAGAGAUUUGCCAGGACACCAGUGGUACUUGUGAACAACAGUUUUUGGUGAUGGCUGUGGACUAUGGUUAACUAGAGACUUUUUAUGUACUAUGUAUGCAAUGCUUUCAUCAUCUGUGUAUUUCUUUGAGCUUUUUGUGGCCACUGUCGGAAUCCCGUUAUGGUUCAUUUGUUUUACUAUAGAAUCACUUUUUAAAAUGCAGUUACUUUUGUCUUUGCAUUGUUAUCAGCUAGGUAAAGUUGGACUUUUAAUUUAAACCAUGUAAAUGACAUCUCUUGUACUAUAAUUGUAUUUUAUCUGGUAUAUUAUUUCUCUGUCAAUGUUUGGUUUAAAGGUCUUUUAUUGAUUCUAAAUGUAAAAAUUAACAUUUUCUGGUAUUCUUUUUUCCUUUUGUGUCUUAUCAAAAAUAUAAAUAGAUCAAAUUUCAAGAUUUCUGACCAGUUAAGUCACCAUUUGUUGAAAAUGAUUGAUUUCUUUGGUUUAUAAGCAGUUACUUAUCCAGUGAGUUAAUUCUGAAGCCAUUUGGUUUUUGGGGUCCUGCUUUAAUUAGAACUUCCUCAGUCUAAAGUGCAAAACUGAAAAAAAAAAUGUCAGUUUUGUUGUUAUGCUGGAUAAGACAUCAGAAUGAUAUAGCUGUCUCAACUUUAUUUUCAUAGCCUGCCUCACAAAAAAAAAAAACUAUUGUAUAUUAGAUGUAAAAUAUCUGACAUUGCCUUUGUUGCACCUUAACUUUAUAAAUGUUUAUUUACCAUCAGAUGCCUUGAUUCAGAAGAAAUAGAAAUACAAAAAUAGACAAAUGCAAAUGAAUUGGUUCUUGAAGCUGCUGUUUAUCUAACCCUUUUAAAAAGAGAUUUAGAGGGAAAGCCCUUUCCCAGCACUGGCAGAUUCAAUGUUUUGUAACAUCAAAGUUCCUCUGUAUAUUGUGUUUUGAUUUUUAAAAAAAUCCUUUUGU